AUGCCACCUUCUGGGAUAUUACGGCCUAUCCUAGGAGCGAGCUCAAGAUUACUCAGGGGGCAAUGCUUCAAUGACACGGCCUCGGCCAGCCCCAGGAGGCUUGCUGCCGCUGCUUUCCGGGCUUCAGCUGCAAAGUCCCCAGUAUGCCCGAGCUGCAGUGUCUACGUUGGGCGGCAGCUCAGAUUCUACUCGGCCAAGCCACCGUCCGAACCUCCGAAUUUCGAUCAUCUGAGACCCGAAGAGAAGCUUGAUCAACAUCCAAACUUUGAUCACUUGCGGCCGGUCGAGGAGAGGCCAGCCGAACCGACAUCAUCAACCUCCCGGAGCGAAUCUGGGCCUACGAUAAACCUCCCACCACCAGAUUCAACGCCCGAAACCUCAACGAAACCCUCUCCUGCCGAUUCCAAUCCUCAAGAUGCCACUGCCGACCCGUCCUCACUCCCAUCGCACUCCGAGUCCCAGCGGUCUGAGAUCUCAGCCGCCUUCUCGUCUUUCAUGGAUCGCAUGCAGACACAGCUCUUCCAAGCAUCACAGCGCAUCAACGACCUAACCGGAUACUCUGGCAUCGAGACACUUAAAAACCAGAUCUCCAACCUCGAAUCCGCCCUGACGCAAGCCCAGGAGAACCUGCACUCGUCCCGCAACGCCUACAAGGUCUCCGUCUCGGAGCGAUCCUCGAGCCAGCGCGAAGUCACGACCCUGCUUGCGCGCCAGAAAUCCUGGACCCCCGCCGACUUUGAGCGGUUCACCGCCCUCUACCGAACCGACUACGAGCUCGAGGCCGCGGUCGCCCGGCACGCGUCCGAACUCGAGGAGGCGGAGCGCGAGGCGGAGCGGCUCAGCCGCGAGCUCAGCGCGGGAAUCCUGGCGAGGUACCACGAGGAGCAGAUCUGGAGCGACAAGAUCCGGCGCAUGAGCACCUGGGGCACUUGGGGCCUGAUGGGCGUCAACAUCCUGCUCUUCUUCAUGUUCCAGUUCGGCGCGGAGCCGUGGCGGCGGGCCAGGCUCGUCAAGGGCUUCGAGGAGAAGGUGCAGGAGGCGCUAGAGCGCGAGAGGCUGAAGGAGAAGGCCGAGAGGAUCGAGGUCCUGGGGGCGUUCUUCGGUCAGAGCCAAACGGCAAACGGUUCCCCGGCCGCGGCUACCGUGCCGGACGAAUCUGCUCAAGCGGCAGCGGUAGCAGAAGCGAUACCGGCAGAGAAUAUGGGCUCGGCGGUGGAGAAAAAUUCUGGCGAGGUGAAGAGCGAGGUACCGACCGAGGUGUCUGUAAUCGCGGAAGACAUCCCGGCCGCCGCAGAGGGCAAGCCGUCGUCAACAUGGCAAGAAGUCCUCACAAGUACGGCGUGGUGGAAAGACACAUGGGCCGACCUAACGAGCGAGAAGGAGGUUUCGAUACGAAUGCGCGAUGUAUCACUAUUAGUCCUGGAAGGCACGGCAGCGGGGGCCGCCAUAGCGAGCACCAUUGCUAUAUUCUUCCUACGAAGAACAUGA